UUUUUUCUCCUUAAUAAUUAUUGGGUCACUACUUCGCUACCAAAUUCCAACCAUGUCCUUCUUCUUUUGCUGCAAACAUCUCAUUUUCAUUUCCUUUAUCUUUUCUCUUUUGAUAAACAACCAAUUAAUUGAAGCUCAACUAAUGGAAAUAGACCCUAAUCUUGACCAAUCCCUUCUCCCCUUCGGCUCAAUCGCUAAUAGCGGGGGUGGUUUCAUCAAAAGCUGCGGAAUUCCACGUGGCAAUCGCCCCACUUUCACCGUGCUCAAUAACUGCCCCUACACAGUUUGGGCCGCCGCUGUCCCAGGCGGUGGCCGACGCCUCGACAACGGCGACGUUUGGACCUUGAAACUGCGUAACUUCGACAGCUCAGGGCGCGUUUGGGGGAGAACCAAUUGUAAUUUCGACAACUCAGGGCGUGGAAAAUGUCAGACCGGUGAUUGCGGCGGCGUUCUCAACUGCCAAGGCUCCGGCGCACCACCCGUAACUUUGGCUGAAUUUGCACUCAGUCAAUUUAACAAUAUGGAUUUCUUGGACAUCUCUCUUGUCGAUGGGUUUAAUAUUCCGACCAAAUUCAGUCCGAAGACGUCUUAUGGAUGCAGCAGGGGCGCCAGUUGUACCGCCGAUAUCAACCAGCAGUGUCCUAAGGAGCUGAGAGCGCCCGGCGGCUGUAACAAUCCCUGCACGGUGUUCAAAACCAAUGCGUAUUGUUGCUUUGAUUCAACAACCACUUGUGGGGCUACGAACUAUUCAAGAUUUUUCAAAAGUUUAUGUCCAGAUGCUUAUAGCUACCCAUUGGAUGAUCCUAGCACGUUGACCUGCCCUGGUGGAACUAGCUACGACAUCGUAUUUUGCCCUUCUUAAAUCACCUUUUAAUUCAUAUUCUACUCAUGUUGUUGGUUGAGUUUUUAAAGAGAUGUAGCCUAAUCAAAUAAAAUUGUUUUCAAAGUAUCUACCAAUUCAGCAUUUACAAUUGUCAAUUUCGCAAGCAAAUUAUUAUUACCAA